AGUCACUAUCAUUUACAGGGAAUUCUUUACACCAAAAAAGAAAAAGUACUAAACAGUUCAUUUUGAUUUUCUGAAUGGAGUUGCUAAAAUCCUCAACUGCUUCGACUUAGGAGCCAACAGUGGCCCUUUCUCACAUUGCUCGCUUAGUGAUUCAGAUCCCCAACCUCAAGGUUGAAGAUGGAGGGUAUUUUCAUCAGCCUAGUCCUUGUCCAAACUACUUCUCCUUGUACUCCAUACCUAGAGUGAAUAACCUAAGAGAUGAACAAGAAAGAGAGGUACUCGAUGAUUUACGUAGUACAACCUUCGAGAUCCAGAGAAAAGCAUACCAACAGUGCUUUUGCUCAAUCUUGUUUUAGACACCAACAGAUAGCCGUGAGUACUCAUUGGUUUUUGCAAUAGUUAAAUAAGGAGAAAAGAAAAAAGAAUUCUAUGAAGUUUAAUUAGUUUUCCCAAAUAUAAAAGAGAUAAUAUAGAACUUCAAAUAAUUGCUUGCAUAGCUCCAUCUACAAUGUUGGCCAAAACCUCUAGAAGUCUGGAUAACAUCCUAAGCUACAAUCUAGAUUCAAUUCUCAAUUGAUCUGUCGACGAUUUUAUGCCAAAAACCAAACUAGAAGAGGUUGGCAUUUUAAUUGGCUAGGAAUUGAUUUUUCCAGUAACAAAAAAAUCCCCGAGGGCUAGUGGUGCACGGUUCGACACUCGGAGGAUAAUAGGUCUGCCAUUCUACCCUUCUCCACUUAAUUGUGACCAAAUAUAAGAUUGGUCAAGUUAAAAUUGAACAAAUGAAAUAGGACUAUCAAGUAGAAAAAAAAAUUACACCUAAACUAUGAAUUAAAUAUUGGAUAAAAUUUCCUCCAGCGUUGUGUAGCCAGAGCAAACAAUCCACUAAGCAUUUCCCAACAACAUAUAAGGAGGCAAAUCAUCUACAUCCCUACCGAUGUGGGAACUCGACAAUUAGUUUUUUCUUAUGAAAGAUUUUCUGCUGCAAAUGAGCAUUUAGAAGUUAUUCUUUAUUUUUUCUAGGGAAAAGCAAAUGGCAAGUAGCAAUUUUUCACCGGGCAUCUAGAGCGUAGAUAAAAUAGCACGGGAGCCCAAACUCAGUAAAUCAAGAAUAAGGAUGGGUCUGGCCAUGGAUAGAAAAUGGACCUUGGGCCUAAAUCGACCGUAAAAGCUAGCUCAUAAUAUGAGAAUUGUUCAGCACCAUAAGGAGACAACAGUCUAUUCCCUCAACCAAUGUGGGAUAUUUAAAACUCCCCACACAUGGACAACAUAACAUUGGGGUCCAACAUUGAGUAAACAAGAAUACAUGUGUUUCCGCUAACACCAUCUUAAGAAAAUGAACCUUGAACCUAACUAUCCCUCUAAUACCAUGUUAAGAAAAUAGAAGUUGUGCCUAACUCAACCCCAAAACUUGGUUCAUGAGGUGAAAAUUGUCUGAAUUAUAUAAGGAUACAACAACAAAUCAUAAACCAAUGUGUGACUAUAAACGAAAGAUAACUUGGCAUUGUAAAUUGCUAUUUAAGGGAACAAAUGAAUACAAGCUGUUGACAUACAAGUUGUCUAGCACAUGUAUACACAUGUACUACAUCAUAGCUAGCACAUGUAUAUGAGUUGUAUAGUAGGUGUAAUACAAGUUGUGUAGCACAUGUAUACACAUGUACUACAUCAUAGCUAGCACAUGUAUAUGAGUUGUAUAGUAGGUGUAAUUAGGUGUAUGGCAACUAAUAGAUUAGGUGAAUUAGUAUUAUAAAUAGGCCUUGUAAUCUUCUCUUCUAGAUAUGAAAUAUAGAACUUCUUUGGUUUCUAACAUUGUAUCAGAGCAUUGAAGUUUUUUCAUCAGUUUGUUGUUGGGAAUUUUUUUUUCCCCGUUCGAAUUAUUUUUGUUCAGAACAGUCUUUCGCUGCUUUGAUUCUAUUUCACUAUUUCCGGCCAUUUUUUGCCCCGGCUGCUUCUUUACAAAUUUUUCUACUCACUAUUCCGACCAAAGUGAUGACUGAAACGAAACCUACCGUUGAUGUCAUUCCGGUUAUGUCCAAAAUUACGGAGAAUAAGUUCAUGGGUUCCAAUUACAUGGAUUGGAGUAAGACGAUCCGUCUCUAUUUGCGGAGCAUUAACAAAGAGAACCACUUGGUUGAUGAUCCACCCAAGGAUGAGACUAAAUCAGUGUGGUUAAAGGAGGAUGCAAAAUUGUUUCUCCAAAUCAAGAAUUCGAUGCACAGUGAGGUAAAUGAUCUAGUUUCUCAUUGUGAUUAUGUGAAGGAUCUAAUGGAUUAUUUAGAUUUUUUGUACUCUGGCAAAGGAAACUUGUCUCGCAUGUAUGAUGUGUGCCAGGCAUUUUACCAUCCAUCCAUGCAAGAUCGCUCUCUCACCACUUACUUCUCAGAGUUUAAGAAGGUGUAUGAUGAGCUUAAUGUUAUAUUGCCGUUUAGUCCAGAUGUGAAGGUACAACAGGCUCAGCGUGAACAACUGGCGGUCAUGAGUUUCCUUUCUGGUCUUUCUCCCGAAUUUGAAGGGGCCAAAUCGCAGAUUUUAUCUGGGACUGCUAUCUCUUCCUUGAAAGAGGCCUUUACAAGAGUGUUGCGUACUGAAAAGUCUCAUCCAGGUCCGACAACCACGAUCGAUAGUGGUGCUCUGCUUAGCCGCGUCCAAAAGAAUAAGAGUCAUAGUAAUCGCAAUCGGAGUAGCGAUAGUCGAGACCUAAAGCAAGGGGAAGUUGAAUGUUUUUAUUGUCAUGAGCUCGGUCAUACCAUACGUUAUUGUGUGAAGCUUCAGAAUAAGAACAAAAGAUCUCAGUAUGCCAACAUCGCCACUUCCGAGACUAUUUCACCAUCUCAGUCAUCAUCUCCUCCUAUCAAUACUAUCCCCGAGUCAGGUAAAACCACUAAGUGUCUCCUCUCUUCGUCAUCCAAAUGGGUCAUUGAUUCUGGUGCCACAGAUCAUAUGACAGGAUCUUACGACGAAGCAGAUUAUUGGUAAAGGUUCUGAGUCUGGGGGUCUCUAUGUUCUUGAAUCACAGGUGCCGAAAUCCAUUUCUUGUUCAACUGUGUUGUCUCCCUUUGAUGUACACUGUCGAUUGGGUCAUCCAUCCUUGUCUAGUUUGAAGAAGUUAUAUCCUCAGUUUCAGAGUAUUUCCUCUUUAGAUUGUGAGUCAUGUCAGUUUGCUAAACACCAUCGCCUUCCUAAAGUUUCUAGAGUCAAUAAACGGGUCGACUUACCUUUUGAGUUAGUUCACACCGAUGUUUGGGGUCCAUGUCCUAUUAUCUCUAAAACUGGUUUUAGAUAUUUUGUUACCUUUGUGGAUGAUCAUUCUCGUGUUACUUGGUUAUAUUUAAUGAAAAAUCGUUCGGAGUUGUUUUCAAUUUUUUGUGCU